AUGGCAGGCGUUGGCGUUGGUCCCGACCUGCAGACUGCAGCCUACAUCCAACAGAUCUCAGCACCACCUCCGCCAGGCUCUCCCUACGCUGUCCCCGUUCCCGGCACCGCGCUCGAGGACCGUUCUCCCAUCUACCGCCACUGGCGAUUCGCCGACAAGCCUCUGCUGUCUACCUACGUUCCCGACGAACGCACCUUUCACGAUCUCUGGACGAAGGCCGUAAAGCGCUUCCCCAACAACAAGUGCUUGGGCACGCGGCCAUGGAACCCAUCCACCAAGCGCUGGGAGGACAAGUACGUCUGGCAGACUUACGCUGAGGUAGCCGCACGCAGCAAGAACUUCGGAUCUGGUCUUUACGAGCUGCAUCGCCGCAUCGGCGUCCCGCCCGGCAAUCAUGGUGUUGGUCUUUGGAGUCAGAACCGCCCUGAGUGGCAGAUCGCCGACAUUGGUUGCAUCUCUCAGUCCAUGUUUUCUGUAUCCCUCUACGAAAGCCUCGGGCCCGAUGCUUCCGAGUUCAUCGUCAAACAUGCCGGACUUUCCUGCGUUGUGACCUCGCUGCCUCACGUUCCGAUCCUCCUAGCCCUUGCGCCACGCAUACCGUCUCUCAAGUUGAUCAUUUGCAUGGACUCCCUCGAUGGCGGCGAACCAGAUGGCUAUUCGAAAAAGGCGUUGUUGAACAGUAUCGCUGGGGAGAGCGGAGUGCAGAUCUGGUCGAUGGAUGGUGUUGAGGAGCUAGGAGCAAAGGUCGCACACGCCGUGCGUCCUCCUCGCCCGGAAGAUAUUAUCACUAUCAACUACACCUCCGGCACGACUGGCGAUCCAAAAGGUGUCGUACUGACACAUGCAAACUGUGUCGCUGGCGUCGCGAAUGCUCGCUCCAGUGGGAACUACACUUACAAAGACACCCACAUGUCGUAUCUACCCCUCGCUCAUAUUUUCGGGCGAAUGGUCGAUCAGGCUGCUCUGUCUGAGGGUGCGGCUAUUGGAUAUUUCCACGGAGACAUGCUGGGGCUGGUCGAUGACUUGAAGCUUCUGAAACCAACGGGUCUGAUAUCAGUCCCACGUCUACUCAAUCGGUUCAACAUGGGCAUUCGUGCGCAAACCCUCGAAGCCGAUGGUAUCAAGGGUGCACUCUCUCGCAAGGCUAUCGAGACAAAGAAGGCGAGCAUGAAGCUUCCACCCGGCAAGGCGACCAACAAGCAUUUCUUACUCGACCGUGUCUGGACUCCCAAGGUCCGGGCUGCUGUGGGCUUGGAAAGGUGUCGGUCCAUCGUCAGCGGAAGUGCGCAACUCGACCCGGAUGUUCAAGAGUUCCUGAGAGCUGCUUUUGGGAACAACUUUGGCUCGGGCUACGGUCUGACCGAGUCGUACGCUGCUGCUGCCUGCCAGGCAGAAGGUGACUUCUCAUUGGGCAACAAUGGCGGCCCAAUGCCUGGCGUCGAGAUUUGUCUCGAGUCCCAACCCGACCUCGAAUACUUGGUGACAGACCAGCCACGGCCCCGUGGAGAACUACUCAUGAGGGGUCCGAUCAUUUUCCGCGGAUAUUACAAGAACGAAGAAGAGACUAAGAAGGCCCUAGAGCCAGACGGAUGGUUUCACACGGGCGACAUCGUCGAGAUAGAUGAACUCGGACGCAUCAAGAUCGUCGAUCGCAAGAAGAACGUCCUCAAGCUGUCUCAGGGAGAGUACAUCUCCCCUGAGCGGAUCGAGAACGUCUAUAUGGGCAGCUCCAACUUGAUCGCCAAUGCUUUCGUCCAUGGAGAUUCCAGCCAAUCGGCGCUGGUCGGUAUUUUCGGAGUGGAUCCAGCUGCCUUCGGGCCCUUCGCCAGCAAGGUCUUGAAGAAGACGGUAUCGCCGGACGAUCUCGCGGCCAUCAAGGUUGCAGCCAAGGAUCCCCGAGUGGUCCAGGCCUUCCUGAAGCACCUUGAUGUCAUUGCAAAGAAGCACAAGUUCAACGGCUACGAACGAGUGCGGAACUGCAUUUUGGACAUUGAACCGUUUACCAUCGAGAACGAGUUGCUGACGCCUACCUUGAAACUCAAGAGGCCUCAAACAGCGCGGAAGUUCAAACCAGAGAUCGACCGCAUGUACGCCGAGAUCAAUGAGGAAGCCUCGAAGGUAAUGCCCAAGCUAUGA